UUUUCCUCUGCCUUUAAUGAUGACUCAUUACCUUCCUACAUAAUUUUUUUUUCUUUCCUUGAGCCAGCAAGAAAAAUCUUGCAGGAGAGGAGGGGGGAAACAGUGAGUUGAGGAACACAGUACUUAAAUACUGUUACUGGGUUUUCAUUGGCUGUCUCCUCUCUUACUGUAACCAGUCUUGUGCUUCCUCCUGCAAAUCCCUCCCUCUCCACCCCCUCCUGCAAGUGAGUUCUCCGGGUGUCUGUUGCUAGCGACUGACUGCAGGCUGUAUGUAGGCAUCUCUCAUUCAGAAUGGACAUUGAUGUACUGAGCAGAGAAGAAAGCUUCCAGCGAUGUUCCGUUUGUCACAGUUGUCUGGCUUUUUAAAGGACUCCCAGAGAGAGAUACUGCAGGUUCUGUAUGGUAGCACAGACUGAUUUCUUCUCCAGACUCUUAAGUUUCCAGAAGCUUAAAUAUAGAGCCCUGUUUUAAAAAAAGGAAGAGAGAAUUUGCGUGUUAAUCGGCCUUGUGAAGAAGUGCUUCAUCACCCUCCCGCACCUCCCCAUGCUCUGGCGUGUGGUGUGGCCUUGGCUCUCUAGGUUAGGAUUUUGAACUGGCUGCAGCAAUGCUCAUGUGUUAGCUGAGUAGAGUUCUCCGACAGUCGCAGGCUGCUUGCUACAAGGUUUUAUUUUGUUGUUGUUGUUGUUUUGUUUUUUCCUUCCUUUGAAUUCCAAAAUGCCAUCCAAAGAGUCUUGGUCGGGGAGGAAAACUAACAGAGCUACGGUUCACAAACCAAAACAAGAGGGCCGUCAGCAAGGUUUAUUGAUAGCAGCAUUGGGAAUGAAACUGGGUUCUCAAAAGUCGUCCGUGACGAUCUGGCAACCUCUGAAACUCUUUGCUUAUUCGCAGUUGACAUCACUUGUUAGAAGAGCGACUCUGAAAGAAAAUGAACAAAUUCCAAAAUAUGAAAAGGUUCACAAUUUCAAGGUCCAUACGUUCCGAGGGCCACACUGGUGUGAAUACUGUGCCAACUUCAUGUGGGGCCUCAUUGCUCAGGGAGUGAAAUGUGCAGAUUGUGGGUUGAAUGUUCACAAGCAGUGCUCCAAGAUGGUCCCCAACGACUGUAAGCCAGACCUGAAGCACGUGAAGAAGGUGUACAGCUGCGACCUGACCACGCUCGUCAAAGCGCACACCACCAAGCGGCCCAUGGUGGUGGACAUGUGCAUCAGGGAGAUCGAAUCCAGAGGUCUUAGUUCUGAAGGGCUGUACCGAGUAUCGGGAUUCAGUGACCUAAUUGAAGAUGUCAAGAUGGCUUUCGACAGAGAUGGUGAAAAGGCAGAUAUUUCUGUGAACAUGUAUGAAGAUAUCAACAUUAUCACUGGUGCACUUAAACUGUACUUCAGGGAUCUGCCAAUUCCUCUCAUCACGUAUGAUGCCUACCCCAAGUUCAUAGAGUCUGCCAAAAUCAUGGACCCUGACGAGCAGUUGGAGACCCUUCAUGAAGCACUGAGACAGCUGCCGCCUGCCCACUGCGAGACCCUCCGGUACCUCAUGGCCCAUCUGAAGAGAGUGACCCUUCACGAGAAGGAGAACCUGAUGAGUGCAGAGAACCUUGGGAUCGUGUUUGGGCCAACCCUCAUGAGAUCCCCAGAACUAGACCCGAUGGCCGCCCUCAACGACAUACGCUAUCAGAGACUGGUGGUGGAGCUGCUGAUCAAAAAUGAAGACAUUUUAUUUUAGAGUUUUGAUUUGAGGAAAAAAGAAAUGUUUUACAGAUGAAGGAAUGUUUUCUAGUAAUUUAAUUAGCUUCGCUAGCUGAAUUGUUUCUUGGUUAAAGGUUUGGCCAAACAACCAGAUUGAAUGAAGGAACUUCUUGUCAUUUCUGUAGCACCACUCAGCUGUCCCUGUAAAACCGAAACACACGCUUUCCCGUCUGGAAGUCCUGGGUGUUUAUCAUGUUAAGAGAAACUCAAGCUCCUGCAUGACCCCCUGUUUGGUGAGGAAACCCCACAUCAAGGAAUCUCAGACUUGAACCUGCACCGCCUCUCUGUCCUGGGUUUCCUGUGCCUGUCACCCAGCAUGCUGCCCAGAGUAAACUGUCAUGACUUUGCCUUUGGGGUCCAUGCCAUCGGUUUCAGACGCUUGCACACUCGCGCACACACGCAUAGGCAGCGCCCUGCCAUCUACCCACCCCACACUUGGUUCCUCCCCAGCUCUCUCCUCUACCAUAGUGCUUUCUCUCCAGCAAAGCAGGAUGUCUGCGGGUCUGCCACUUCAGUAAGCUACCCUACCAGUACAAGUGCACCACACCGCAUUUUCUGUUAAAUUAUUGGUUUUCAGCUGUAAAGUUAUAUUUUUACCUGGCAUGCAGUUGUUAAUUUAUUAAAUUUGGCUUUUAGAAAUCAAAACUA